CUUUCAUAAGGCAAUUGGACUUCUUUGUACGGGUGUUCUUCUUCCUGUUGGCCGGCUUGUAUAUACCCGCACAAUCGCAAUGAACAAGCACCUUCCGCACCUGAGGUGGAGUGCGCUUGUCCAUUUUAUUGUUGUAUUUGACGAUCGCGUAUCCUUCCUUCUUUGCCCAAUUGUUGACGGACUUCAUGCCCUCAUCUACGGAUGCAUGGCGGCCCCAGGGGGGCGGCCGGAGCGGCAUGGCGGUGAGGGUGGUGAUGUAGAGGACGUGGUGUUAAUGCAUUACGAGUGCGCAGUUGAUGUAAAUUCCUUAUUGAGCACAAAUAGUGAGUGGAUAUGAUUGGUGGAACAACAUUAAUACGGGCCGGCGCUAGGCUAGAUGUAGGGGGGGUGGCAGGAAGAGAAAAGGGGGGUGAUGCGGAGAGAAUAGGGGGGUGGUAAUUAAGCUCGUCCU